GAGCACGUCCGAAGACCUUCGGCGGCAGACGGUUCGUCUUCAGCAUUCGUAACGAAUAAUAUUUUUGAUUUUGUUGAUUUGUUCUCGCCCAACCAGGAUCUGACUUAUUGUCCCUUGAUCCCUCCUACCCCAAAAAACCUUUGUCUACGUAAAAAUAUACAACAGACCAUUUUGCCACUCUCAUGUUAGCGCGAUACUAUGUAUUACGUAAUAUUAUUACAACUACUUAUACAACUAGUAUUAUAAUUAUUAAGAAUUGUUUAUUAUAUUAUUCUAAUGUUAUCAACAUUAUCGUCAUUUCGUCGUUUUGUGACUGUUUGGAAAAUAUUAUCAUAUUAUUUUUUUGUAUAAAAAUAAAUAGUUUUUGUACAAAUCAACGUCGUUUAUCGUAACAUCUAAUAACAAUAAAAUAAUAUUUCGGUAGUAUUGUCGUCGUUGUGCUUAGUGCUAACCGUCGUUAUCGUCGGCCAUCGUCGCCGAACGUCAUGAGCGAUAUUAAUUUGUCUAUGAAUUUGUCGUCCGACAGAAGUGAUAUUAUUAGUUUCCAGUCGAUCGACAACGACUCGCUAGCAAUUGUGACCCAACAAUAUUACGGAAAUCCUAUCAUCGUUGCUCCCACCUUAUUGCAGUCUAGUCGUAUUAAUCAAAAUAAUCAGAGAUCAUUAACAUGGAAUAUAUUGUUGACUGAUGAACAAGAUGAAGUAUCUGAAAAGUUUUUAAGGAUGUAUAAUGAACCAAUAACAGUUACUGAAAAAUUUGGUUCAGCUAUUUUAACGGUUCCCGAUAACAUAAGAAAACAAGCCGAUGAAUUAUUCAAACCUUCGGAAAUCAAUCCAAACGAAAUAUUUGAUUGGGUAAAUUCUAAAGUCUCGUGGAUUCUUCCAUCCAGCUAUCAACAAUACCUUAAGUCUAUUCCUUCAAACGUGCUGGAGAAGAGAGAAAGACACGUGCUGUACCCUUGGACGCAGUGGAACACGUCGACCGGCACGCAGCGGCGUCCGUCUCUCAACACGGCCGUAGCGUCUCCGGCGGCGUCCGACCGUUCCAUGUCGUCGUCUUCGUCGUCGGUGCACGCGAUGCACGGCAGAUCGCCAAAUAACAACAACAACAACAACAACAACAGCAACAGCAGCAGUAGUAGCAACAACAACAACUCGUUUGGCUAUUGGGGCGGCGGCGGCGGCGGAACGGUAGCGGCGGCGGCGGCGGCUGGGACGGCUGACUGCACUUUGUCGUCUUCGUCGGCCAGCGAACUGAGCUUUUCGCAUUGGUCGGGUGUCGACGCUACUUCGUCACCGCAACAGCAACAACAGUACCAUCAUCACCAGUACCACUAUCAACAACAACAACAACAACAGUCGGGCGCGGGCUGGUCACCGGUGCAGGCCGUCCAGUCGUCGCCGUCCGAUUGCGGCCGGUCGGUUUCGUCGGCCGAAUUCGUGCAGUACAACGCCACCGCCGCGGACGGCCGCUCGCCGUCCCCGACGGCUGUCCGCUGGCCGUCGCGCCUGUUCUACUGCGUGAACACCGACAACAACACCAUCAACAAGCUGGUGGAACACUACUGCACGUUCUGCUACAAGAACCACGAACCGCCCGAGGUGUACGGCAACCACCUGGUCCGGGACGACACGCGCACCACUUGUCCCAAGCUCAGGGCGCUCCGGUGCAAGCACUGCAACGGCACCGGCGACAACGCGCACACCAUCAAGUACUGUCCGUUUCUGUAUUCAAACUACAGUUGAUGGACGGCCGGCGAUCGCGCUUAGUGGCGGACACGCGGUCCACCGAUUGCGCGGGUCGUUUUGUGGGUACCGGUGGGUGGGCGGUGGGUUACUGCCGGGUGGGAGGGGAGGGGGGAUCGGAGGGUCAUCGAACGAUCUUAAUCGAAUUUUUUCGUUUUGUGUGUGUUACGUAUAAUAGUAUGUGUAAGCGCUCGAAUUAACCGCUAUUUUUUUAACCGUCGCAUGUGUGUUAUAAUAAUAAUGCUAAUAAUGAUCACUAUUAUUUUUUAUUUUAUUUUUUUUAAAAAAAAUUCUUAUCUUUAUCUUUCGCACUCAUUCGCCAGUCAAUAACAAUUAUAUUAUAUUAUAAUAUCGACACUCUCGAACGAGCGGAUAAGAUAAGUACACGAUUUUAUGAGUUUACAAUGACCGUCACCGUUCGUUUUAUCGUCGUCGUCGUCGUAUUAUUAUAAUAUGUGCUCGAUGUUAUAUAUUAUAUUUAGCAGCCGGUUGAUAAUAAUAUGUAAUGUUAACGCUUGUUCGUUGUUGCAAUGUGCGUCGUGCGUGCAGCGUGCACACACCGUGCACCUCGCGCGACAACCGUUCUCGUUACGAUCCCGUCGUAUAUUAUUGCACUAUAUUACGACGAUAAACGGCCGGUGUGCGGGCCUAAGCUUUUACUGUAGAAAAAAAAAAAGAUAAAAAUAAAAUCCAGAACUUUACUACGAUUUUGAUGUGUGGUCGCUUUAUUACGACGUGUUGUAUUAUUCUUUUUGUUGUAUUAUAUUAUAUUAUGUACUAUUCGUUACUGUAAACUUUUUUCUAUUCGGUCGACGAGUCGUUAUUAUUAAUUUUAUUAUUAUUUAUUAUUUUUUUUUUUAUAUCGUUAUAUUGUUUAUAUUAUAUUUUACGGAUGUUUGACACGCAUGCUUAAAAAUCUUCGAGUUGGUAUUCUAAAAAUUAAAUACACGCUCGGGGUUUGUUUUGUUUUUUAAUCGUUAGAUGAGAUACUUCUUACGUCCACAAUAUCAUAUUAUUAAAUAUAGGUUAUUGUUUAUUUUGGCUAUAACGUUGUUUUGAGUUGAAUGGGUUCUGUGACGCGCGUUCUCGUUAAUAUAACUUAUUAUAUAAAUUACCACUUGUAUUAAUGUUAAUAACCUAUUACAUAUUUUAUGUGUUGAGUAUGUUAAUAUUGUACAGUGCAAUUCAAAAAUAUCGAUUCGUGUGUUUUGUGACUAAUCGUUAACACGUAUUAAACAGUGCUAAAAGUUAUAAUUUAAAUCACUGUUCAAAUAUAGGUGUUUAAAUUUGGCUUUAUCGUUUUAUUUUAAAAAUAUGCAAAUAAAUGUACUGUAAAUGUUUUUAUAAUAUUGUAAUUUGUAUAAUGUAAUUAUGUGAUAUUAUUUUGUCUUGAAAAAAAUAAAUAUAAUUCUAAGGUAGGUAAUAGUAUUUCAAUAUUUUUAGCAAAUCCUUGAUACACGACUAAUAAAU